AUGACUAAAGGCCAGCAUCAGCCAAAGUCUAAUUAUUUAGUGGGGGAGAACUCACCACCGUAUUUUCGCUUGACUUUCCCAGCGCUCCAAGAACCAUCUGAGAACUGGGGAGAGAGAGUGGAGACCUACAGGUCAGAUGAUGUGGGUGGAGCCCUUUUCUAUAGAGUGGCUUGGGCUGAGAUACUGAAACUAGCAACACCCAGAGACAUUUCCCUCCUAGUCAUAAAGGAAGCCAGCAGCAGAGCCAGAAAUAAUAUUCAAAUUCUGGAUCCACUAGACCACAUCGCCUGUCUGAUAAAUUACAUGCUUACUUCCUGCUUCAGUUCUAAUAAGGUACCCACAAUGCUGGGUUCUCUGCCCACUGGGAGCAAACAAGGGAACGUGCAGACGCUGGACAGCGUACGAUGGAUGUCUGCAACUCUUGUACCUACCCCUGAACGCCGUGAGAAAUAUGCCGUCUCUACUGAAACAGCUUUUCCAACCCUGAGCAUGUUUGUGAACACAGAAAAGAGUGUAAAGGGGUCAGAUGCAGACUUUACAAAAAGAAACCCAAGAUGGAGAUUCAUGUUCGGUUAUAUACUGCAGGAAGGGUUCAUAACAACAUAG